GACGGUACUGCGCCUGCGCUCACUUUUGUUGACGUGCGCGCGUGCUGCCGGCGACUCUGGGCGUGGGGGGGUCCCCUCGCGCUUGGCCAUGUCUCAUGGGCACAGCCACGGCGGGGGCAGCUGUUGCCAUGGUGACGACCACGAGGAGCCUCCUGAGCGGCGAGGCCAGGCCUGGGGCCUUUACCUGCGCAUCGACCGCGAACGCCUGGAGUGCCUCAACGAGCGAAGGGAAGGCAGCGGGGCGCUCGUGUUCCGCGCCUGGGAAGACCGUGGCGAUAAGCAGAAGUUUGUAGAAAGUGAUGAUGAUGAAGAACUCUUAUUUAAUAUUCCAUUUACAGGCAAUGUGAAAUUAAAAGGAGUAAUUGUGAUGGGAGAGGAUGACAAUACACACCCCUCAGAAAUGAGACUGUUUAAGAAUAUUCCCCAUAUGUCCUUUGAUGAUGCUGCCCGAGAACCAGAUCAGAUCUUCAGCCUGAAUCGUGACGUUUUAGGAGAACUGGAAUACCCUACAAAAAUUGCUCGCUUCUCAAAUGUUUAUCAUCUCUCCAUCCACUUCUCCAAGAACUUUGGUGCUGAGACAACAAAAAUCUUUUACAUAGGCCUAAGGGGAGAAUGGACAGAACCUCAUCGACACGAAGUUACCAUCUGUAACUAUGAAGCAGCAGCAAACCCGGCAGAUCACAAACUCGAUCAGAUCACGCCACAGACACACUUCAUUUCCUAACUGGGAAGGCUUGUGCAACGACAGAACACGGGCUAGACUUACGAAGAUGAUGAACAGUUGAAACUAAAAAGGAUGGUGUCUGUUACUCUUUUUGGAAUGUAUGCAUGUGGUUUUGGAAGCAGUUGGUAUCAAAUGCUUGGCAGAUAGGUACAGAAUUACACUGUUGAUAAGAUCAAUUGUAAAAGUUGACCUUAAAAUCAUUAACUCUUCCUGGACUUCACCAUGACUGUCUUGGCAAUAUCUUCUUGGCCCAGAAUGUGUUUUAAGAUGGUGAUUUUUUUGUUUAGUUGCUGCUACUUUUCUUGCUGGCAUGAAUAAGGGGUGAGACUAUUGGGUGGUGGCACAAUAUCUAGGACUUCCUUCUGGCUUUUGAAUAUAGUUUUGAUAUACGAAAAUGAAAUGUUCCUGGUGGGAUCUUGGCUAAUUUCCAGAGUAUGUGAUUUCUCCAGCAUAAUAGUGACUGGGCUGUGCACCAAAGUGCUAUAGGCAUUGCCAUAAGCAUAAUUCAGUAGCUAUUUUGCUGAUGUAUAACAAUGCUAGUUGUCAGUUUAAAACCUAGAGAAUAAAAAGAUCUAUGAAUUUAUCUUGUCUAAAAUGCAACUUUUUGUAAAUAAACAUGGCAAAGAAUUCCUUGAUUACUUUUUAAAAAAUAUAUGUAUAUAUAUUUA